UUAGGUUUUUGAAAGCAAGAUUGUAAUUGAUGAUUAAAACCAGAGGAAGGCAGCAAUGCAACACAAUGGAUGCAAUGGACUACCGUUAAACCCUAAAGAAGAAGACGAAGAAGAGCACAACAUCGCGAACGCCAACUGUCGUAAAAACCUCAAAGAAGAAGAAGCAGCGCCAUUUCACUUUCAUUCAUUGAUGUUGAGGCCUACAUCACUUUGUAGGAUACGCAGAAGUUCAUCAUGGUGAAAAUUUUUAUUGGCAACCUUGCCUGCAGUACCACACCCGAGGAGCUGCGUGAACUCUUUGAGAAGUACGGCAAAGUCUCAGAAUGUGACAUUGUCAAAAACUAUGGUUUUGUACACAUGAACUGCAUGUCUGAAGCAGAGGAGGCCAUUCAAAACCUCCAUCAGCACCAGCUGCAUGGCUGGCGCAUGAACGUCGAGAUUAGCAAAGGGAGGCCCAAGUCCACCACCAAGCUGCAUGUCAGCAACCUGGGUGAGGGGGUCACCUGUGAUGUUCUGCGGGCCAAGUUUGAAGAGUUUGGCACAGUGGUGGAGUGUGACAUAGUGAAGGACUAUGCCUUUGUUCACAUGGAGCGAAUGGAGGAUGCCAUGGACGCCAUCAGUAAGCUGGACAACACAGCCUUCAAAGGUCUGUUUGUGCAUUACGGGAUUUUUCCUUUGCCGUCGAUUUCUUCAAGCUACGUGAUUCCAUCGGUCUGCGCGGUGUGCGGCAAAGCAUAUGAAAUGCGGAAGUUCGGUUUGGAAAUUGUGUUGGCAUCUUGGAGGCACCUGAGAUGUCAGUUCCUUGCAGAUGAAUCAUCCUUAGUCACAUUUACAUCCAUUUUCAAUAAGGAUGAUUAGCAAACUGCACUGUUUGACAUUUCUGAUGUAUAAAACAAUACUUUUCUUACGUGCUCUGCAGGUUUUCAGCUCACUUUUUAGCCAUGUCUUUUGUUUUUCUUAUCUGUGUUUCUUCCUCACAUGAGGCAAUUGUUACUUGUUUGGCUGUUGUUUAUCAUUUGGAAGAAAGCUGGAUUUAUAGUUCUGCGUGAAGAGGCUAUGCCGUGCCUACAGCGGCUACGUGCCUAGGCUUUAGGGUUACACCAUAAGCUACACAUCAGGGCCGUGGCGUCCUUAGAGAAACCAUGGGCAGGAAGAACUGUGAUUGGCUGAUUGGGGUUUCCUCUACAUGUUACUAAUUCUUUGUAGAGCAUGAACACGACAUUAAGGAAGUUAAAUACUCUCAUUAAUUACUCUCCAAAACCCUCUGCUCCCUGGGAUUGGCACUUUGUAUGAAUGAUUGAACAUAAACACACUGAUAGUAAGGCAGAAGGAAACACAUUGAAAUAACAUUGUUACCGGGAUGUAACUGUAGUUUUAUAAACCAUAACGCAUCGUCACUCUGCAUCACCAAGUUAAUGAAAGAAUGCGGUUACUGUGGAUAUGGCCUGAUUAUAUACAAGGUGUUGAGCUUCUACUUACGUUGGGACUCCUGUUAACACUUCACGUCGACUAUAAAUUCAGCUUCGGUGUUCGUAUUCCAUUAAUAUAUAAAGAUUUAUUUUUUAAUUGGGAUACGGGUUAACCCAUGCAGUUAGCUGUAUCUGUUGCUUGUAGUGCAGAGAAGCUCCUCAGCACACAUCUCACCUGAUGUGGGUCAGUUAUAUGGAUGUGGAUAUAGAUUAAUGUUUGACUAAUAUAUUUUUUUAAGUAUAUUCAAAUAUAUUUCAGUAGUAUUCCGUGAAGGUCUGUGGAGGGUGAAACACACAGUAAGCUGUCUGGUGUUGGGUGGGAUAGUGGACACAGUGAAUCCAUAUCCACGUAACUGACCCGGCUUAGUGUUCAGUCAGGAUUCAGAAUCACUGUGAGUGAUGUUGAGUGAGAGGAUUCAAGGUAAGACACAUAAUUUCAAACAUUCCAGCCUCAUUUUUUCUAAUUUCAACAUGUUCCCAGAAUAUAAAAAUGAAUUUUAUAAUUGUUGAGAUAUCUGCUGAUGUGAAGUCAAAAUUCUUCAACGAAGUGUUGUUGAAUGACACCACAACAAUAUUAUUGGCUAACAAGCUUUGUGCAACAAAACACCAACAACCCUUCCAAUCUCAGAUCUAAGUCUGGGAUGGUUGUGUAUUGUGUCCACAUAACAGCGAAAGCAGAUACAGAGAUGUGAGGCAGGACUCAGGGCUUGGGCUGUGUAAGUCAUUAGGCACUUGCUGUGUUUAAGGUGCCUUUGUUUGUUUUGCAUAUAGGUAGAUUUGAAGUUUGUAUUUUUCAUACUAGCUGUAAAAGUACCAGCAUACAUUAAAAAUCUAAAAUGAAUAUGAUUUUUAAUAAAGCCAAAUUUAUUUUGGUCAUGA